AUGCAAGCUACCCGAUUUGAGGAACCUCUGAAGCUAGUAAACAAGAUGAAAAGUGAUUGUAGGCUAUGCGCAGUCUUGAGACUAAAAUUGUGCAAGCUUAUGGUUUCAAUAUAUAGACUAGUUAUCACUGCCUUCACAUUAAUUGGGGAGGAGGAAGGAAUUAAGGGAUACUGGAAAGGAAAUCUUCCCCAUAUCAUACCUUAUAGCGGCGCACAACUUUUUGCCGAUGAAACAUGCAAGAAACUUUUUCGAGGAUCGGACGGGGAUCUUUCUGUAAUUGGAAGAUUAGCAGCAGGCGCUUGUGCUGGCAUGACUUCAACUUUUGUUACACAUCCUCUAGAUGUCCUUUAG